UAUGGAAAAUUUUAUAAGGCGAUGGGAGAUAAUCACAUAAGUUCGGAUAACCUUCAGAAUACCAUUGGUGCGGUAUUGUUGGGAGCAAGUUUCGCGCUUUCUUUUCACUCCAUAAUAAGAAUGAGCAUUAUGCGUACCACAGGCUCAAAGAUGUAUCUCUUUCCGAUUGCUAAUGCGGCACAGCUCUUGAAUGAAUUCGCCGUCGUCUUCAUGGUCAUUUCAGAAUCGAAUAUUCUGGGCAACAGGUGGUAUCGUUGGAACAAUACCAUCAAUAGUUUCUCUUAUUUAAUAACAAAACCCAUUGUUCUUUACUUGGCAUUCUUAAGAUGUCGUUCGGUGUUCGAGAUCUAUAGAAAAUAUCCUGCCAUUCACUACUUUAUCAUAACGUCUCGUGCUGUUGAGUUGUUUAUCUACACAUAUGCCGAGUUAUUCAGCUGCGCCUUAACAUUAUUCGUGAUGACCGAAUUUGGAUUGGAAAUACCCAAACUGUUCAAACCAAGAAAUAUUAGUAAUUCAUUUUGCACAGAUCAACCUUUUACCCUGCAAGUUGACAAGAAUGUCGAUCUUGGAGAAAAAUCGGUUCUUGACAUGCAGGUUAACACUUUUGGAGUUGAAUUGGAACAUAGUCAUAUUAAAUAG